CUAGUUCUACCGUCACAACAAUGGAGUCCAAAGUCCUCCCAAUUACUCCGGCGCCGUUUCCGGCUUCCUCCGAUGAAGCCACGGACUGGAAUAUUCAAAGUCCGGCUGCAAAAUCGCCGGCUCCACCAACAACGCCAUCGACGCCGUCAUCCUUUCAAGAUAUACGGCGAUGGAGACCGGCGGCGCAGCGAAACCUGAGAAACCAGUGGUCGAAGUUGUCUUCUCUUCGAACGCAAUGGCUUUCUUUAUCCUCCACUGCUCGAUCACACGCCACUUAUGUUGUAAAUUCUUAUCUCUCCCAAAGGUAUAUGGAUGCAAUGGAGUUAGGUGUGUUGACAGAGAUGCCUGAUAUACGUAAAAAAGCAUGUAGGAAAUUGUUCAAGCAGCAGGAGACUAAUAGGAGUAAGCUCUUGUCAUCUUACAAAGAUAUGGUGGCCGUUGUAACUCAGAUGGUCAAUGUUUCUAAAUCUAUGAGGUGUUAUCUCAAAGGAACAAGUGGCACCCCACUUACUGAGUUUUCUUGCUUCCCUGGAAAUCAGAAUGACACUGGUGAUUGUGAUGGGAUUCCUGUUUUCACCUUUUGGUCAAUCUUUGAUUUCGAGACACUGGCCAAGGAGCUGGUCCAGAUGUUUGUGUCAGAAACAAAUCUAAAGCGGUUGCUAGUGAUGGAAAUAUGCUCUAUUGGUUCCGAGAAUUUUUCACAAGUUGACGGGCUGAAAUGGAGUGAUCAUUUCUAUGUCGGAGAGUUUGAUGAUCUACGCAUAUGUGAUUCAAACUCAAACAAGGUUCUUAAGCAACUCGUGCCCAAAGAAGAGAGCUGCAAUUCUCAGUCUACCACCAUGCAAUCAAGUAGUCAACUAGAGAGGAACGUUCUCCAGGUUUACUUAACAACCUGGCUCGCAGAAGUCAAUGUCGAUAGAUUCAGGAUAGGUGAAUUACUUGCUAUGGUUGGUGAGGAGAUGCAUGUUACCAUAUCAUGAAGCCUCAACUACACAGAUAGGUAAACAAUGGUGAACAAACACUUAACAUUCUCUGUUGUUGCACAACUCCAAGAUUGAAACUUGAAGAGGCAUUGGACUUUGACAUU